AUGCCGUUGCAAGUUGCAACACCCGUCACUCAAAAUCCGCGUGGCGUUCAAGAGCGAAACGUCGCCGUUUCGAGCAAGGCUGCUGCUGCCAAUUUCACGUUUUCAUUCUCCAAAUUAAAGCCUCAUUCCCUCAAUCGACGGGUUUCUCGUGACCCUUCUCUCGUCAUCAUCGUCUUCCUCGUGCCCAAAUCGAUCCUCACGUUGUGGGUGCUGAUCAUAUUGGGCUAUAAACGCUGUCAUCGACCGUGA